AUGUUGAGUCCCAUAUUUGUCCCAUGGGGCAUUUUGUAUUUCUUAUAUACCUAUGGCUCCCUCCUCCUCAUUAUCCUACUUCUUUGGCAAAUGAAAAGCAGUCACCAUGGAUUACAGCGGGAACCUCCCAAGAGCAGCUGCCGGGUAGGGAAACACCCUGACCACUAUUCUAGGAGAGCUUCCCGGAAAGAAGCUGAGAAGCCUUGGGAACUGCUCUCCAUCAUGAAAAGCCAAAGCUGGCUUCCGCAGGAGGGAAGUGUGCGGCGGCUCCUGUGCACCGACCACUGCUGUCAUGUCUGCAACGACGCGGCUCUGGAGAUUGGGCAGCUGCUGACGAGUGAGAACACCCCGACUGCCCCCGUUUCAGUGGGCGUGGCACAGAGCUCUUCCUGCGUAGAGAUUGUAUCCAUGUCUAGUGUCUCCUUUGAGCAGACGCUGGAGCUGCCUCCCCAGCAUUUGGGGGAGCUUUCAACAGCUUCCGUAACCCCUAGCCUGACUCAAUUAACAGAUCAAGGAGUCUUAACCCAGACAGCAGCCCCAUCGGUCAAUGUGGUCAACCUCCAAGAGUACUGGGCUGAACACUUGGACCUAGAGCCAGAAUUUCAACUGCAAGAUGCACCUGGGGACCCAGGGACUUUGUCUUCUUUGAAGAAUGAGGAACGUGGGUUUCCUGUGAACCAACCAGAAAUGGCAAAUACCAGCUAUCAGUUUAUCCAGGGGAGCCAAGGCCAGCAGGCCUUAAACCCCCAUAGCCCUUUGCUGCCUCUGAAAACAGAGCUAGCUAAUAAUCUGACACAUCCUAUGGCUUUGCCUAUGGACACUGCCCUCCCUGCCCGCCUGCCACUCCUCAGUCCUGAAGUCCUCAGUUUCCUUGAGGUCCACGUUAAAAAAUGGGUCCAUUUCCAGAGGUGGGGACUCCCCAGACGUGUGGAACAAUCCUUGAGGCAGCUUAUGCCCGGCCCACCAUUGUUGUACCAGCCUGGAACUGGCCGAGUCCACUUCAUCAUGAGUAAUAGUUCUAACACCUGUAUUGAUUCCAUUGGAACCAUUUCCCAUCAGACCUGGGGUUCAUGUAUGGUUGGCCAGCCUACACAGGCCUUCUGGGUUUCAGAAUGGCCCACUGCAGAUCCAGAAAGACGCCAACACUGUCAGGAAGCCCCAAAUUCUCUGGCUCUGGCAUUGCCCUCUCCAACACUCCAAGCCCUAAAUGGCCUCUAUUCACAAGCGGGGGGGCAGGCUGAAGACUCAGGGGAUCCUUUGAGGCACAAGUAUAGGCAGCUUUUCUGCGGGCUGCCUUGUCUACACAGUGAGUCCUUAGUUGCCACCUUCAUGAGUGCUCAGGGCCUCACUGCAAACAAGAGCAUGUCUCAGACCUCCUUAGAUGUUUCUUUUCUCCUCAAGGAUCCUUCCUUCCUCCCCCUGAUGCCCAAUAACCCACCCCUGUCAGCUCUACCUGCUUCUCCACCUGUGCCAAAUGGAGUGCCUCCACCUGACCUUCAGCAAAUCCAGGUCAAGGUCCCAUUUCUGACUCUGGCUGAGUGUAAAGACCUGGAGUGGCACCUGCUCCAGAGAAAGCUCCGGCUCCGGUGGGAUUUGCCACACGUCCCCCAGACAUCUCAGUCUGCUCUGAGCCCUGAUGUGUACAAGACCUGUGGCACAGCCCAGCCACCAGCCACCAUGGAACUAGCCUGGUCACAGAAGCCUGUUUCCGUUCUCACAAGGGAACUGCUUUUCCCGGACCAUGCCCGGAGACUGCUUGACUUCCACCUCCAGAAGCAGUUAAUCUACUCUCGCUGGGGCCUGCCCCAGAUGAUCAAGCAGUCCAUCCAAUUGUACCUGUCUCCUGCAGACCCGCAGUCCCUGCCCAGGAGCAGCACAGCCUUGGACAAUGUGAGUGUCCCCUGGCUUGCAGCCCCCGAGACCAAUGAAGUGAGUGGUCUGUUCUCUUCCACCUCGGCCCCAGCAUUAGUCUCCAUGCCACACUUGCUCACCCAGGCCAAGGCAACACUGCAGAGCCACAUCAGCUCCAAAGGCUGUCAGAUCCACCAGGGCUCCAUCCCUGCCCGUGUUUGGAUCUCCUGGAACUGCAGCAUUCCUGGGAACCAGGCUGUGACUCCCUUCCCUUGCAUUCUAGAAAGGAAGGCCCUAGAACUGCAGGCAGCAACUGAUACUGACCUAUAUGAGAAAGGUGUGCCCUGGAUGCCAACAGCCAAUGGGCAGCAGCAGCAGCAGACUUCACCAGGUGCUGUCAUCGAACAUACUAAGCUGGCCCGAUCCCUGUCGGAGGAGGCUAUUCAGAAACUAGAGACGGCUUUACGGCACAAAUAUUUGGCCUUUCUUUCCGGGCUUCCUGCUCUCUAUUACGUGGCUCUAUCAAAGUCCAUGGCCCCAGCGAUCACUGGCCAUUCUGAACAGGCAGAGAUCAUGCCCAAGCCUGUGGAAAGCACAACAGAAGCUCUGCCCGAGUCCAUCUCCUAUGAAGAGGAGUGCAUAAUCCCUGAGCCAGUCUUGGAAGAGGGCACGGAGGUUUGUGAAGACCAUGUACAAGAGUUCCUGAGUGAAGUAAGUGAGGAAGAGGCGAUGGAGAUGGGGCCUCUAGAUAUGCAGACAGAGGCUGGUAUUUCACAAUUAUUCAGUGCACCCAUUUUGGCAAAAGUAAACUUCCAUCUACGGCGAAAAGUUCUAGAGAUACGGAUGGGGAUUCCCAAAAGGGCAAGAGCGUCCAGGGACCAAAGCAUAACCAUCUUGGAGAACCCAUCCCCCCAGGAGGCACUUAAGAGUCCAAAACAAAGAAAUGCAUCACUUCAGGACCUCCCAGCAGAUGUUUCACGUGCCCCAGAUGCCCAGUGGGUCCUCCUGAAAGAACAGCUGACCACGGAGCUAAAGGCAGUGCAGCAUAGCAGGAAACAAGCUAGCCCUAGAGCCAUGUCCCAUGGUGUGGCCCACUGGACCUCCAAAAGCUCCCAACCCAGUACGGAUAUGAUGGAGGCCCAGGUGCUUUGUGUUCAGGUAGAAGCCCAAGUGAACAGCCCAAGCCUGGAGGAGACCUGGUGCCCUGAGUCCCAAGAACCUGGCAAAAGCAAGGACUCGGGGCAAGGACCCACAGUGACAGAGAAGAAGAAGCACCCAGGAAAACCCACUCCAGCAGGGGACCAAGGAGAAGGGGAUGCAGGCCUGGGAUUCCCCUCCAAAAGAGAGAACAGGCACGCGGCUGGACUCCAGAAGCCCGCAGAGAAACCUGCAAACAGAACACCCCAAGGUCCCUGGCUAAGAAGCCAUAGCUUUGAUUUUGCUGCCUCUUGUCAGCAGCAUCCUCAGUUCAAGAUUUCAGAGCUACCCCCAAGAGUCCCUGGAGGGGAAGAAUAUGAAAAGAAUUCUCAGGCUUCACAGACCCAACCUUUGUUGGGCCCACUAAUUCAGAGUAAGCCUUGGAAGGGUCAGAGUUUGUGGAAUCACAGUCUACAUGGCCGAGCAAUGACUGCCCACACUCACAAGAGUCCAAGCCUUCCAGAAUCUGGCUUAAGAAAUAAGAUGAAACACUUGCUACUCUCUCUUAAUUCCAAGAAAAAGGGCAAAGCAGACAACGAUUCCAUGUCCCCUCUAGCAAAGACAGGGACCAAGCCAAGGAAAAAAAUUGCUGAGAAGAAUCUGGCCCCAGCUAAAAGCCCUGUGGGGCAAGCUAAGACAGAAAAGACAAAAGGGGACCCUAAGGCUCAGUCUUUCCUUACCGAGAAGCAUGGUCUGGCCUUCUCAGAUGGCCCCCAGGUCCUGGAUAAGCAGCCCCAGCAGCACUCUCAUCAGGUCCACUCCGCCUCGGUCCUGGGUCAGCCCCGCCACUGUCCUCGGCACUGUCCUGGAGUGGUUCGUGCCAUGCAACAAGGAAACCCGCCGUAG